AUGGAGCGUGUGUGGGGACCUGGGGCCGUACUGGUGGUACUGGUGGUGCUGGGAGCCCCCCCGGCUGCAGGCGAGGAGCUCUCGGGGAUGUUCCAGGAGAUGAUUAAAUUCGAGUGUCACUUCAUCAACGGCACCGAGCGGGUGAGGUUGGUGGUGAGGAACAUCUACAACCGGCAGCAGUACGCCCACUUCGACAGCGAUGUGGGGAUCUAUAUGGGAGACACCCCGGAUGGGGAGAAGGCGGCCAGGUACUGGAACAGCGUACAGGAAAGGCUGGAGCACCUGCGGGCUGCGGUGGACACGUUCUGCCGGCACAACUACAAGGUGUCCACCCGGUUCCUUGUGAACCGCAGAGUGCCCCCCAGCGUGUCCAUCUCGCUGGUGCCGUCGAGCUCCCAGCCCGGCCCCACCCUGCUCUGCUCCGUGAUGGAUUUCUACCCUGCGCCGGUGCAGGUGAGGUGGUUCCAGGAUGGGCAGGAGCUGCCGGAGCACGUGGUGGCCACCGACGUGGUCCCCAAUGGGGACUGGACCUACCAGGUGCUGGUGAUGCUGGAAAUCCGCCCCCGGCGCGGGGUCACCUCCCCCUGCCAGGUGGAGCACGUCAGCCUGGAGCACCCCCUCAGCCGGCACUGGGAGAUGCCACAGGACACCGUCCACAGCAAGAUCCUGGUAGGGGUCGGGGGCUUCAUUUUGGGUUUCAUCUUCCUGACGCUGGGGCUCGGCUUCUACCUGCGGGAGAAGACGCGAGGAAAAACGGGACCCAACUUUGCGCUCAGCCAAUCAGAGCGCGUCCAAAACAGUCCAAAAACGGCCCCGCCCGGCUGGUUUUGGGUUGUCAGCACCUGCCCGGCGCUGGGGAUGGAGCGUGGGCGGGGAGCUGGGACCGUACUGGUGGUACUGGUGGUGCUGGGAGGCCCCCCGGCUGCGGGCGAGGAGCUCUCAGGGGUGUUCCAGUUUCUAGGAAAGCACGAGUGUUACUUCAUCAACGGCACCGAGCGUGUGAGGUUCGUGGAGAGGCUCAUCUACAACCGGGAGCAGUUCGUGCACUUCGACAGUGAUGUGGGGGUCUUUGUGGGGGACACCCCGAAUGGGGAGAUCCAGGCCAGGCAGUGGAACAACGACCAGGAAGGGUUGGAGCUCAGACGGGCUCAGGUGGACAGGCUCUGCCGGAACAACUAUGAGGUGUCCACCCCGUUCAGUGUGAACCGCAGAGUGCCCCCCAGCGUGUCCAUCUCGCUGGUGCCGUCGAGCUCCCAGCCCGGCCCCGGCCACCUGCUCUGCUCCGUGAUGGAUUUCUACCCUGUGCCGGUGCAGGUGAGGUGGUUCCAGGAUGGGCAGGAGCUACCGGAGCACGUGGUGGCCACCGACGUGGUCCCCAACGGGGACUGGACCUACCAGGUGCUGGUGAUGCUGGAAAUCCCCCCCCGGCGCGGGGUCACCUACACCUGCCAGGUGGAGCACGUCAGCCUGGAGCACCCCCUCAGCCGGCACUGGGAGAUGCCACAGGACACCGUCCGCAGCAAGAUCCUGGUGGGGGUCGGGGGCUUCGUGUUGGGUUUCAUCUUCCUGGUGCUUGGGCUCGGCUUCUACCUGCGGGAGAAG